AUGUAUAACGGAAUUGGACUUACAACGCCAAGAGGAAGUGGCACGAACGGCUAUGUUGUUCGCAACCUUUCCCAUCUCCGCUCUCGAGAUGGGCAACAAGAUAUGCACAAGUUUGACCAAGCGCCACCAAAGCACAGGGAGCCUGAUGCAGGCAUUCUGGAACAUGAACGGCUUCGCAAGAUUGAAGUAAGGUGCUUGGAACUACAGCUCGAGUUGGAGGAAAAUAAUAUCCCCGAAGAAAACAUCGAGGCGGAAUGUUCCAACUCUGGCAAAAAUCUCAAGCCAAACGAUACACAUGGUAUGGCUCUGGCUAAGAAAACAGAACUUGAUAAAAUGGCGCGAGCAUUGGGUACCUCAUCCAGCUACGUCGAGGGAGAUGCCUUUAACCGGGAAAAGCAAGAGGAGUUACGUCGCCAGAGGGCCGUUGAACGAGAGGAAAACGAUCGUCGCAAGGAGGAGCUGCGUCAAAAGCGUGACGAAGAGAAUAAGCGCCGAGAUGCUGAGCGUAGAGAGCAAGAUCGUCUUCGCAGGAGGCGGGAAGAUCAGGCACGCAGGGAGCGAGAAUCAAGGAUGCCCCCACCCCCACCACCGGGUCGUGGAAGAGACGAUGAUGCUCGUCGUUCCCCUCCCCGUGACUACUCUCCGCGUCGGCGUGACCGGAGCCCCCCUCGCCGCCGUUCACCAUCUCCCUACUCCAGACGGGCUCGCUAUUCCCGGAGAUCGCGUUCGCCUAGGAGGGAUUCUCGCUCUCCACGUAGGAGGGACUCUCGUUCACCGUCACCUGUUCGACGUGCCAGUCGCUCUCCCUCACCCAAACGUGACCGUGAUUCGCGCUCGGCUUCGCCACCUAGGCGUCGUCGAUCGCCUUCACCUGAUUCGCCUCGCGGCCGCCCAGAAUCACGAUCUCCUAGCCCCAAACGCGCCCGCUCCAAGUCGGCGGAUUCUGCUAUGUCUGUGUCUGGCGAUGAGCAGCGCGGUCAAUGA